GGAGAUUUCCCCGUUGUCGUCGCGUACAACCCACUACAAUAACAGCUACGGCAUGAAGCAGAGUUGAAAUCCCGGGCUUUUGUCUUGGGAAGUCUGCCGGUUGCUCACCAACUGGACUGCCCCGAUACCGAGCCAAGUCCCCCCACCUCGCCUGAAUCAACAUGGACGUUAUCCUGGAGCAGCCAGUACAGCUCCUAUGGGAUUCGCUCAACAACCGGCUUGUGGUAGGAGUCACGAUUGCCUUUUUGAUAACUGUUGCACUCCUUGUGAAAAGCUGGAACAAGGCGAAUCCGUUUCCCGAGAUUCCUUUCGUUGGACUGCGAGGCUGGGAGUCAAGGAGGAGGAAAGAAUUUAUGUCCAAGGGAUCUGAGCUGUAUGCUCAAGGUUAUAAGAAGUACAAAAAUGGAAUUUUCCGAAUCACAACCGCCCGGGAAUCACCAUGCGUCGUAGUCGCACCUAGAUUCCUUCCCGAGCUCAACAAGCUCCCCGAAGACGUGUUGAGCUUUUCUGCGGCAGUCAAAGAGCUGAUGCAUACGAAACAUGUUGAUAUCUACUCUGAAGCGUUAGAGUUCCCACAUGUCGUAAAGAACUUCAUCACGCCGUCUCUUGGCAGGUUGAAUCCCAUCGUAUCAGAAAUUCUAGAUCAUGCCCUGGAGGAAGAACUUCCUCAGACACAUUCAUGGACAGAAGUAAAGAUCAAUGACAAGCUGGUCCGCAUAAUAGCCAAGGCCUCAGGUCGAAUCUUUGUGGGGCUGGAGCUCUGUCGCGACGAGAAGUACCUGGAAACGUCCAUCAACUUCACAAUCGAUGUGAUGAAGGCUGUAUUCACUGUCGCCUUUCUUCCAGUGUGGCUGAGACCCGUGCUGACACCUGUGAUACCGUUCGUUCGGACGGUACACCGACGCAUCCGGGAACAGACAGAGCUGAUCUCGCCGCUGAUUCGAUCCCGCCGAUUGGCAGCAAAGAACGACCCGUCCAGAGAGCCUGUGGAUAUGCUGGACUGGUUGAUUGGCGAGCAGAUGAAGUCGGGCAUUGUGGACGAUUAUGAUCUCGUGCAGAAGCAACUUGGGGCCACCUUUGCGUCUAUACAUACGACAACGCAGACCAUGAUGCAUGUUUUCUACACCCUUGCCGCAGAGCCUGGGAUCGCGUCUAUGCUCAAAGAGGAGGUCCAGGAGGUCUUGGCCAAGAACGGGGGCGAGUUCACUUCUCAAGCAUUGCAGGACUUGAAAAAGCUAGACAGCUUUGUCAAGGAACUGUUGCGCUUUUAUCCACUCCAAGCCUCGACCUUUCAACGCAAGGUGGUCCGGCCGAUCGAGCUCUCCAACGGACAGGUGCUCCCAGCCGGGGUCAUUGUGGAGGCGCCCGAUGGCGCAAUUAGUAGCGACCCCGAGUAUUUCGUGGACCCUGAGGUCUUUGACCCGCUCCGCUUCUACAAAGUCCGUCAGGCCAAGACCUCUGCCCCCACGGGCACCAAGAGGGCCGAGGUCGUGGCCAACAGCCAGCUCGUGAGCUCGGGCACCUUGAGCCUGUCGUGGGGCUACGGCCGACAUGCUUGUCCCGGCCGGUUCUUUGCGGCGAACGAGAUCAAGAUGAUUACGGGCAAGGUGCUGAUGCAGUACGAACUGCGACUGCCUGAUGGUGUGACGGAACGUUAUCCAAACAUCACUUUCGGGGACCUGACGAUGCCGGACCCUGGCAAGACCGUCAUGGUGAAAAGACUGUGAAUAUUUCAGAAGCUGGAUUUAGUUGUUGAUUUGGACUUGAAUCAUCACUUGUCUUUUCUGGCAUCACGAUGGGGAACACAU